AAUCGGAACCGCGUGUAAGUCGAAUUAGAAUAGCUUCAGCUUACCAGUUCCAACGAAAUGAGUUGCCGUUGCUACUAUGUUGGACCAGAUGGGGAAUCUUACAAUCCAUCCUUGAAGGCACCGAAAACAUUUGACGUUGAAAAGGACUGCAUUGCGUUGCGCGAAGCCAUGAAGGGCAUGGGGACGGAUGAAAAUACUAUCAUUGAUAUUCUUGGUCAUCGCAAUACGGAACAACGCCUGAAGAUUCGCGACCACUACAAGACUAUGUACGGAAAGGACUUGAUCGAAAAGCUGAAGGGAGAACUCACUGGAAACUUCGAAAGGCUGGUUGUAAUGCUGCUGACCGAUGGACCGACGAUCAAGGCAAAAGCUCUGUACGACGCGAUGAAGGGUGCUGGGACGAAAGAAUCCGUGAUAAUUGAGAUUCUGUGCACUGCAAGCAAUGAUGAAAUUGCGGAAAUCAAACAGGCAUAUGAAAAUUUGAUCUUCAAUUGCAUUGCAUUUCUGUGUUCUUCCAUAGAUUCAUCCCUCGAACAAGAUGUCAGUAGUGAUUUGAGUGGAUGUUUCAAGCAUUUUGUGACUGCGUUAUUACAAGGCAAGCGGGACGAGGUGACUGAUGAACAAUUUGAGCGGAUGAAGAAGGAAGGGGUUUCCAGUAUCUUGGACAUGGCCAAAGUAGGCCAAGAUGUGGCUGACAUCUACGAUGCCGGUGUUGGGAAGCUGGGCACUGACGAAUCUGUAUUUAUUCGACUCCUCGCCGGCCGGAGCAUCUGGCACCUCCAGGCUGUCUCAAAAGCAUAUGAAAAGACUACUGGCCACUCGCUGAUGGAGGCGAUUGAUUCGGAGACCUCAGGCGAUUUCCGCGAUGCUUUGAUGUUGACAUUAUGUGCCUGUAUCCUACGUCUACGAGCGUACUCGGAUCUUCUAGCAUGUUCUAUGGCCGGCCUUGGGACAAACGAUUCCUCACUUAUGCGAAUCAUUGUCACCCGAUGCGAGAUUGACUUGAAAGAUAUCAGCCUGCAAUUUGAAGCAGAUCAAGGCAAGUCGUUGGCUCAGUGGAUAAAGGAAGACACCUCGGGAGAUUAUUGCAAACUACUCCUGACUCUCUUGGGUGAAGAAUAGCUGGCGGACUUACCUACAUUCGCAGCAGCCAGACAUUAUCAUUUUUCAUUUUGCUUUACUGGAAUCUGAAUGACAGGCAAGGCCGUUCUCCCUGUAAUGCGUAAAAUAUCUUAAAUGAUCUCUCUGCUGUUUCUGCUAUGUGGAUAAAUUUUUGAAAUAAAAUGAUUGUUCCAUUUACG